UUAGAAUCAACUGUCAGUUAAUCGUUCAGUCGAUUAUGUAUAAAUAAGCAGGGAAUCUCUAACUAAAACAAUAGUGUAUCCUAACUUAUUCAGACAACUCGUCUCAAUCCAGAGUGCUUUCAAAAAUGAAUACUAAGUCCUCUUUGUUUAUUUUGUUGGCCGUGUGCAUUGCUGCUUUUGUGUCGGCGAAGCCACAAAUACUUGGGUUGGGCAAUUGUGGACCAAAUGAAAUAUUCACACUUUGCCUUCUCGGUUGCCCAGCUACGUGCAAUAACCCCAGUCCUUCCGGCUUACUUUGCAUACAGCCAUGCGUUUUGGGCUGUGAGUGUCGCGCUGGAUUUGUGUCGAAUAGCAAUGGAACAUGUGUCCUACCACAGGAUUGUUGAAUGACCCCAAACUUAUAGAAAGGCUUGCCGUUUUUUUUGUGAAUACGGCCGAAAAUGAAAUCGAAAACUAUGAAAAUUCUUAUGUUAUGAAUAUUAAAAAAAUAAAAAUUAAAAAUUAAAAAAAUAUAUAUAUUUACCAACGUUUUAAAGCACUUGAA